AAAGUCACCAAAAAAAAUUAUUCAAAAAAAAAAGUUUUCUUAUUUUACUAUAUUUCAUUACUUGAAAUUAUUAGUCUCGGGGGUUUUCAGGAGAAGGAAGGUGUGAGAUCUGAUUGCAGUUUCCGAACCGAAGAAGUCACUGUUUUUCCGAGGUUUUCAGUUUCCCGAAGCAAAAAGUUGUGCUUUUUACAUGCAUGUUCCAUGGUUGAUUGCUUUGUUACCGUUUCUUGUUUAAUUUGCUUUGUCGUUGAGCUGAAAAUUCAGGCAUUGAAGUGAACUUUGAUCGCUUGAACUGAAAUACAAUUCGUGGGUUUUUGUUUUCUAUGGCGGUGGUAGCCACUAUUGGCCUCUUCCCUUUGCUCCAGAACUGAAUCUGAACUUCUGAACCAGUCUAUAUGUUUCUGAAGAACUUGUGUUUUUGUUUAUAUGCACAUGUUUCUCUCUAGCAUCAUGGGCCGAGGUACAUGGAAUAUUUACAAGACUGGCUAAUGAGGGACUCAAUGAGUUGGCUCAGGCGGAAUCACAGUCGAUGGGUACCCCUGACAAGAAAAUAUCUGAUCUUGUUGACGUAGUUAGGUCUUGGAUCCCUCGAAGGGCUGAACCACCAAAUGUGUCGAGGGACUUCUGGAUGCCCGAUCAGAGUUGUAGGGUAUGCUAUGAAUGUGAUUCACAAUUUACUAUAUUCAACCGCAGGCAUCAUUGUAGAAUAUGUGGCCGAGUUUUCUGUGCAAAGUGCACUGCUAAUUCUGUUCCUGCACUGUCGGAUGAGUCAAAAAGUGGCCGCGAAGAUUGGGAUAGGAUUAGGGUAUGUAAUUAUUGCUUUAAACAAUGGGAGCAGGGUUUAGCAACGGUUGAUAAUGUCACUCCGGUCACCCCUUGUCUCAGCCCGUCCCCAUCUGCGACAAGCUUGGUCAGCACUAAGUCCAGUUCCACCUGUCAUAGUAGCAGUAGCACUGUUGGCUCAACUCCUUACUCAACUGGACCUUACCAGCGUGUGCCUUAUAUUUCACCUCAAUCUUCCCCCAUGGAUCUGUUAACGGAUCGGCAGGAAAAUUUGAAUCCUGAUAGGUGUACAAAUCCCUCUGGUGCCGUAGGGGAUUUGGCUUCUAACCAAUUUGGCUAUUGCUUCAACAGGAGUGAUGAUGAUGAUGAUGAUUAUGUUGCCUAUCAUUCUGAUACAGAGUCAAGGCAUUAUUCUCAUGCCAAUGACUAUGAGGAUCCAAUUAACAUUCAUGGGAUUGAUCAUGUGUAUGAACCUCAUGAAAUGCAUCAUAAUGGAGAUAACGUUGAGGCAAAAAGUUUGAGUUGCGCAACGUCACCUUCGGAUCUUGAUCUUGUAGGCAUAGAUGGGAUCCAAGAACCUGGGAAGGCUGAUCAGCACGAUCAUGUGGAAGGAUGCAUAUCACCUCCGUAUAAUGAGGCAAGUAAUAAUAUUGAGCCUGUAGAUUUUGAGAAUAAUGGACUUCUUUGGCUCCCUCCUGAGCCAGAAGAUGAAGAGGAUGAUAGAGAAGCUGUUCCUUUUGAUGAUGAUGAAGAUGAUGGUACUACUACCACUGGAGAAUGGGGAUAUCUGCAAUCCUCUGUUAGCUUUGGCUCUGGAGAAUAUCGUAGCAGAGAUAAAUCAGGUGAGGAGCAUAGGAAGGCCUUGAAGACAGUAGUGGAGGGGCAUUUUAGAGCUCUGGUAGCUCAGCUUUUGCAGGUGGAAAACAUACCUAGUUAUGAUGAAAAUGGCAAAGAUAGUUGGUUGGAUAUAAUUACAGCUUUGUCAUGGGAAGCUGCUACACUUCUGAAGCCUGAUAUGAGCAGGGGUGGAGGUAUGGAUCCUGGUGGAUAUGUAAAGGUCAAAUGCAUAGCCUGUGGACACCGAAAUGAAAGCAUGGUGGUUAAAGGAGUUGUUUGCAAGAAGAAUGUGGCCCAUCGUCGAAUGACGUCAAAAUUUGAUAAACCACGUUUUCUUAUACUUGGAGGAGCUUUGGAGUAUCAGCGAAUCUCUAACCAGCUAUCAAGUGUGGAUACUUUGUUACAGCAGGAAAUGGACCAUUUGAAGAUGGCAGUUGCAAAGAUUGGUGCUCAUCACCCAAAUGUGCUUUUGGUAGAGAAGUCAGUAUCUCGUUAUGCUCAAGAAUACCUUCUUGCUAAAGACAUAUCACUUGUUUUGAAUAUUAAAAAACCACUUUUAGAGCGUAUUGCCCGUUGCACUGGGGCACAGAUUGUCCCUUCAAUUGAUCAUCUAACAUCCCAAAAGGUGGGUUAUUGUGAAGCAUUCCAUGUUGACAAAUUUUUUGAGGAGCAUGGUAGUGCUGGGCAAUGUGGAAAAAAAUCAACAAAAACUUUGAUGUUCUUUGAGGGUUGCCCAAAACCUCUGGGUUGCACUAUCUUGCUCAGGGGUGCUAGUGGGGAUGAGUUGAAGAAGGUGAAACAUGUGGUCCAAUAUGGAGUCUUUGCAGCCUAUCAUCUGGCGCUGGAGACAUCUUUUCUGGCUGAUGAAGGUGCUUCACCUCUAGAGUUUCCCUUGAAAUCUCCAAUAACCGUGGCAUUACCAGAUAAACCAUCUUGUAUUGAAAGAUCAAUUUCUACUAUUCCUGGAUAUUCUAUUCUCACUCCUAGAGAGCAUCAGGGAGCUGAACCCAUUAAAAUACCAAAUUCUAAUUAUGGCCUCAGAAUUGAGAAGACCCUGUCUACCUGUAGCAGUUUCAUUGAAAAACCACUGAUGGGUGACUCGGUUCACACACAUGAAGUCUCUGGCAAUGCCUUCCAACCAGCUGAGGAGACUGCAUCUUCCUAUUGCAGUGGUUUCCUCCCUAAUUAUUCUUCCAAGGCGGGUGAUAAUCAACACCCCAAAGAUUUCUCUCAAUACAGACAAGAGAAGAGAAGGGAAACCAUGUUGAACAAUGAUCUUACUUCAGAUUCUUUUGGCACCUUGGAGCCUUCAGGGUCAGUUGGAGAUAACCAGAUCAAAGCUACAGCAUCGUCUGCAUGUCUGGGAUGUAACCCUGAGCCACUUUAUGGAAAACAUGAUAAUAAUAACAGAAUCUAUGAUGACAUGAUACCUUCAAAAGAGGAUUUUCCUCCCUCAACUUCAGAUCAUCAGAGUAUCUUGGUCUUCUUAUCAACACGUUGUGUGUGGAAAGGAACUGUUUGCGAAAGGUCCCAUCUUGUACGAAUUAAAUACUAUGGAAGUUCUGAUAAGCCUUUGGGACGAUUUUUAAGAGAUCAGCUAUUUGAUCAGAGUUACAUUUGCCGCUCGUGUGACAUGCCAUCUGAAGCUCAUGUUCAUUGUUAUACUCACCGACAAGGGAGCCUGACCAUCUCUGUUAAGAAACUAUCUGAGUUUCCUUUACCAGGUGAACGUGAAGGUAAAAUAUGGAUGUGGCAUAGGUGCUUGAAAUGUCCUCGUGUAAAUGGUUUCCCUCCUGCUACACGAAGAGUAGUUAUGUCUGAUGCAGCGUGGGGCUUAUCCUUUGGGAAGUUUUUGGAGUUGAGUUUUUCAAAUCAUGCAGCAGCAAGCAGGGUUGCAAGUUGUGGUCAUUCUCUGCACAGAGACUGUUUAAGAUUCUAUGGUUUUGGGAAGAUGGUUGCCUGCUUUCGCUAUGCUUCUAUUGACCUCCAUUCUGUUUAUCUUCCCCCACCUAAACUUGAAUUCAACUAUGAUAAUCAGGACUGGCUAAAGAGAGAAGCAAUUGAGGUUCAGAACAGGGCUGAAGUACUGUUUAGUGAAGUGCGUAAUGUAUUACAUCAACUUUUAGAGAAGGUCUCAGAUACUGGGCUGCGGGUGGGAGGAAAUAGAGUUUCAGAUGUUAAGCAUCUAGUUUCUGAACUUAAAGAGAUGGUGCAGAAAGAGAGAGAAGAAUUAGAGGACUUGUUACAAAAGUUGGUGCAUAAAGAGGUCAAAGCUGGCCAGCCUGUGGUUGAUAUUCUAGAGCUCAAUAAAUUACGCAGACAUAUCCUCCUCCUUUCACUUGUUUGGGACCAGCGCCUGAUAUAUGCAUCUAGAAUAAAUUUUCUAGGAGAUCCCAGGAAUUCCUGUCAGAGAGAGAAGUCAAUUGGUUCUAGGGAGAAGGUUGUAGAGGCAGAUGGAGCUGCCAGGCCAGCAAGAGGUCAUAGCAGUUUUGAUUCCUCUGUUUUGGAAUCAAAACCUGAUGGAAGCCAUAAUUUGGAAAAUGCUAGCAACCUUAGCACGUCUGGUGAAGUGACUAACGGUGGGGAGAUGGGUAAAGACACUACUCAUGACAAGGUUAAUCUCUCACUCUCUGCUGGUGCAAAUGUCAAUGAUAAAUCUGAGUCCCCAGAGAUUGGAGGAUCUGUACGGAGGGCUUUGUCAGAGGGAGAAUUUCCUAUUAUGGGUAAUUUGUCCGAUACCCUUGAUGCUGCAUGGACUGGUGAAACUCACCCAAUAAAUGGUUCUUCACCUCCUGAUUCAGCUAUGAUGGUUCAUUCACCUGAGGCAACUUUAGUGGCAGCAAAAUCAAAUUGUGAGAACUAUACUGCUGAUAAUGACUCUAAAUUGCUUUCAAAGGGGCUUGAUACUAGAUGGCCUGGGAUGCCUUUUGCCAACCUCUUUAGUUCAAUCAACAAAACUUCUGCGUUCAACAGUCAGAAGCUUGUUGAUUACAACCCAGUCCACAUUUUAUCAUUUCGAGAGUUGGAGCGCCAGAAUGGAGCCAGACUGCUUCUUCAUGCCGGUAUAAAUGAUGCCAUAGUGGCUGUAUAUGAUGAUGAACCUACUAGUAUCAUAUCAUAUGUGCUUAUGUCAAUCGAUUAUCAUGUCCAAAUGUCUGAAUCUGACAAAGCUAAAGACAGUGCUGACAGUUCAGUUUCAUUGCCACUUUUUGAUACAACCAGUCUACUUUCUCUUAGCUCUUUUGAUGAGUCAAUUGCUAGUAGCUACAGGAGUUUUGGGUCCUCUGAUGAGAGCAUGUUGUCCACUGCUGGAUCUCAGAGUUUGCUGGUUGGUGACCCACUCUUAUACACCAAAGAUUUGCAUGCCAGGGUGUCUUUUAGUGAUGAUAGCAACUCCCUUGCAAAGGUGAAAUAUACAGUUACUUGUUACUUUGCAAAGAGAUUUGAGGCCCUGAGAAGAACAUGUUGCCCUUCUGAGACAGAUUUCGUGAGGUCCCUUAGUCGUUGCAAGAAGUGGGGGGCCCAAGGAGGAAAGAGCAAUGUUUUCUUUGCAAAAACCCUGGAUGAUAGAUUUAUAAUCAAGCAGGUUACAAAGACAGAGCUUGAGUCAUUCAUCAAGUUUGCACCAGCAUAUUUUAAGUACUUAUCUGAGUCAAUCAGUACUGGAAGUCCAACUUGCCUUGCAAAAAUCUUGGGCAUUUAUCAGGUAACAUCAAAGCACCUCAAAGGGGGGAAGGAAACUAAAAUGGAUGUCUUGGUUAUGGAAAAUCUCCUCUAUAGGCGUAACAUUAGACGGCUUUAUGAUCUCAAAGGUUCGUCUCGAUCACGGUACAAUCCAGAUACAACUGGAAGCAAUAAAGUCCUGCUGGAUCAGAAUCUAAUUGAAUCUAUGCCAACGUCUCCAAUAUUUGUUGGGAACAAGGCAAAACGGUUGCUUGAGAGGGCUGUGUGGAAUGACACUGCAUUCCUUGCGUCAAUAUAUGUGAUGGACUACUCAUUGCUGGUUGGUGUGGAUGAGGAUAAACAUGAGCUGGUUUUAGGCAUAAUUGAUUUCAUGAGACAGUAUACAUGGGACAAGCACCUUGAAACUUGGGUCAAGACCUCAGGCAUUCUCGGUGGACCUAAGAACACUUCUCCAACUGUUAUAUCACCUCAGCAGUACAAGAAACGGUUUAGGAAAGCCAUGAGUGCAUAUUUUCUCAUGGUGCCAGAUCAAUGGUCUCCUCCGGAUUUGCAUCCAGGUGGGUCCCAGUCUGAAUUUUGUGAUGAAAAUUCAUGAGGUGCUGCCCCGCAUUUGGCGCAUUCUGGUUAAAAUUUGAAGCCUGUAAAUGCUAAAGAUUCCACCUUUCACCUGUUGUCUUCUCUGUCUAUUCCCUCAUUCAUAUACACAAUAUUCUAUGCUGCAUUAUUGCGUUAUCAUGAUAAAUGCAGCUGUUACUUUGAGUCCCUUGAAAGACAUGGCAGGUGCACCACCGUCAGUAACCAGAUUGUUACAGUGGGUAUGGUGGAUAAUAUCCACCGAUGUCAAUUGUACAGUGAAUUUUUCUUUCCUUUUUUCCUCCCCUCAAUUGUUAUAUCAUUAUCAUGUAUUUUUAAUCUCAAAUCUCAUGUUAUCAAAUUUUGGUUUACAAGCGUUAUCAUAACCUUUUUUUAGGGCUUCUUAUAUUA